UGUUCAUGCUCUAAAGAUAAGCGUGUCUGGAACUGUACACGGCUUCUCUACAGCCACUUUUCUACAAGUCUUCCAAAAUGGUUGACUUUGACGGCGCUCUUGAGUAUCUGGGGGCUUUUGGAAAGUACCAAAAACUCAUCUACUGUCUAACAUGUGUUCUGACGUUACCGGUAUCAAUGCAUAUGCUUGCUAUGACGUUCUUGGACGCCAGGGUGGCGUUCCAUUGUAACGUCCCUGAGAUACGUCACGCCGAGCCUGGGACAGAGAACUACAGCUGUGCGCUGAACUACUCCAUACCAUGGGAACAAGACAGAGAACCAAAAAAAUGGAAACUAUCUGGCUGUCAGAGGUAUAGCGUUGAUAAUUCCAGCCUGUCGACAGUUAAAUGCCCUUUUGAUGCCAUCAACGAAACAGCGCUCGGCUACUUUAAUGGCACGAACACGUCAUCAUGUAACCAUGGUUACUGGUACGACACGAGCCAGUAUAACAGCAGCAUCUUCACUGAGUUUGACCUGGUGUGUGACAGCAGUGAGUUGAACCAGUUCGCCCAGUCCAUGUUUAUGGUGGGGGUGCUGAUCGGAGCUGUUGGCUCUGGACAACUUUCAGAUAUGUAUGAUAUGUUUUCUAGAAUACAUAUAUACACAUACUAAUGCAAG